AUGGUCAACGCCACUCAAAAUACCGUAGAGGUCAAACCCCUUCACCCUACCUUUGGUGCCGAGUUGUCCGGUGUAGACUUUACCAAACCUAUCAGUCCUGAGACAUACGCCGAGAUCCGUAAAGCCAUUGACAAGUACGGUGUUUUGGUAGUUCGUAAAACAGGUUUGACCGAUGAGGCUCAUAUUGAAUUUUCCAAAUAUUUUGGGGAUCUUGAUGAUGUGACGCCUUACCAACAAGCUGGACGUACACAUCGUCUUAAAUAUCUCGAAUUAUUUGAUGCUGGUAACAUUGACCCACGCACAGGAGAUGUUGCACCUUUGACCGACGCUACCGUCAUCGGUAAUAAGGGUAAUGAACUUUUCCACGUCGAUUCUUCUUUCAACGCUCGUCGUGCUGGUCAUUCUCUUCUACUCGCAUGGGAAAUCCCUCCUAAAGAACUCGGAGGUGCUACGGAAUUUUCCGAUUCUCGUACCGCUUACGACGAUCUUUCUCCAGAGAUGAAAGAAAAAAUCGAAGAUCUCAUCGCCAAUCAUUCUCUCUUUCACUCUCGUAAAACCGCCAUGCCCGAAUAUUUCAAAGACAUGGAUGUUGAGAAACUUCCAAUGAGUAAACAUAAACUCGUUCAGGUUCAUGAAUCCAGUGGACGUAAAAAUCUUUAUUUCGCUUCUUACGUUCAUCAUCUUGAUGAUAUCCCUCGUGAAGAAAGUGAUGCUAUUAUCAAAGAACUUCGUGAACAUGUUUAUAAUCCCAAAUACAGACUUAUGAUCGAUUGGGAAGAACCUGGUGAUUUGAUCAUUUGGGACAACACCUCAGUCAUGCAUCGUGCUACUGGUGGUCCCUUCGUAGGAAAAUACAAACGUGAUAUGCGUAGGACUACCGUCAAGGAUAUGUCAAGCACAAAGUAUGGUCUCAAUGGUGAAGGUGCCGAUUGGCGUGUUGGAAUGCCUUAG